AAAAAUCUCUCCUGGGAUAGUGAACUGCCUAGGUAGGUAGCGUAAUAACCGCCGGAUAUCGUCGCACCUCAAACAUUUCUCAAAGUUUGUUAACGACGAUGGGACUAGAACCGAAACAUUAUUUAUAUUUUUCUUUUACAUACUUUUAAUCAUUAUGCAAGUUGCCCUCUUAUGAUUUCUUACCUUGGGGGUAUAACUAGCACGACUCACAUGUCAGUAGGUUGCUAUAGAAAUAUACAACACAACACGAGUGCGUAGCAGCUGCCCGCCAACCGUCAUAUUUCAUACAUUAAAAGUGUCACUCAUAAUGGACGCUCACAACGAUGCCGUAGCAUCUAUAUCCAAGAGAUUGCAAGAGUUCUAUGCGCAACGCCGGCCCUUCCGGGUCUACCAUGGCUCGACAAACAGCACUCGCACCUCGGAGAAGAACAGCGACAACACGGUUGACACCAGCAAAUUAACCCAUGUUCUGAGAGUUGAUAAAGCCAAUAAAACGGCACUGGUGGAGCCGAACGUCGCUAUGGAUAGUCUCCUGGACGCGACCGGAAGCGCCGGGCUGGUCCCGCUAGUGGUCAUGGAGUUCCCGGGGAUUACCGUCGCCGGCGGGUUCAGCGGCUCGGCCGGCGAGAGCAGCUCGUGCCGCCACGGCGCCUUCGAUUCCACCAUCAACUGGAUCGAAAUAGUCCUGCCCGACGGAGAAGUCGCGCGCGCGUCCAAGUUCGAGAAACCAGACCUCUUCUGGGGCGCCGCGUCGGGCUUCGGGACCGUCGGCGUCGUCACGCUUUUGGAGGUCCAGCUCAGAGAUGCGAAGGCCUUCGUCGAGCUGACGCAUUAUCCCGCCGGAAGCUUUCCGGAUGCGAGGAAGAAGAUCCAGGAGCAGCUGGAGAAUCCGGCUGUCGAGUAUCUCGACGCUAUUGUCUUUUCUCCCACUUCGGCCGUCGUCUGUGCUGGCCGUCUAGUCGAUAGCAUACCCGUAGGUUCCAAGCCUAGACGGUACUUGCGACGGAGCGACCCGUGGUUCUACUUAGACGUCCAGAAGCGAGCCAGGAAAGCGGAUAACCCGGUCGUUGACUACAUUCCGUUAAAUGAUUACCUGUUCCGGUGGGAUCGCGGCGGCUUCUGGGUAGCCCGGUACGCGUACAAGUAUUUCUUCGUGCCCUUCAACCGAAUCACGCGCUUCGUGCUGGAUCGGUAUAUGCACGCCCGCGUGAUGUACCACGCCCUGCACAAGAGCCGCUUGUCAGACACGUAUAUAAUCCAGGACGUGUGCGUGCCCUUCGACGCCGCGGACGGCUUCUCCGACUGGGCCGACCGGGCCCUGAACAUCUACCCGAUCUGGCUGUGCCCGCUGCGUCUGCGGCGCGCGACGCCCGACGCGGCGCACGGGCUGCACGCGGGCUUCGCCGACCCGGACUAUCCCGAGUUCAUGCUCAACUUCGGCAUCUGGGGGCCGGGGCCCGGCGGCAACGACGAUUACCGGGAGCUAGUGCGCCGCAACCGCGCGAUCGAAACGAAGGUCCACGAGCUAGGCGGCAACAAGACGCUGUACGCGCAGGCGUACUACACGGAGGAGGAGUUCUGGAGCGCGUACGACAGGCGCGCGUACGACGCCGUGCGCGAGAGGUACCGCGCCGCGCACCUGCCGAGCGUGUACGACAAGGUCAAGGUUGACGAGGGCGCGAAGAGGAGGGCUGCGGAGGGGUCCAGGAUGCCGGCGGCGCUGCGCGAUGUUCGCCCGUUUCAGGGGUUGUAUGGGGUGUAUAAGGCGUGGCGGGGUGGGGAUUAUUUGUUGCAGAGGAAGAAGGAGGGGGAGGAGGUGUCGAGUGUCACUCCGGGGCAGGGGAAACGGGAUUCUUAAUUCUAUAAUGUGAAUAUGCAUGGCUAAGGUGUAGUAUAGGUUAGGUAGACGGCGCUCAUAUUCUACGGUACUGUAUUAUCACAAGUAUUCACAAGUAUUGAUCAAACCACUAGGUUUCCUAU